CCCCAGUCCAAACCCUUAAAAAGUUAAAACCCUCCAAUUUUUUUUAAAAAUCCUUGGCAAAAUCCCAAUCCAAUUCCAUGUUCACCAAAUUCAUUUUCCGGCCAUCACCCCCUUUUUCCAUCGCCCUAUCUCCUCCGUUGACCCCCACCAUCUUCCACCACUCCACCGCCGUCACCUUCCGUCGCAUCUCCGCCGCCACACCUCUUUUCACCACCCAACCGUACGGCCCCUCUUUAUCCAAAGGCAUAAACCCCAUUUCAAAAACCCAACAAGAAACCAACAACCAAGAUUCAUUAUCGAAUUUCGACGAAGCCCACUUCACUCGGGUAUACAACAUCUCAGCUCUUAAAGUCAACGCAAGCCAAUGCCAUGUUUUAGAAAGUCAACUCCGUGGUCACUUGCUUAACUGGCCUAGAAUUCGGAACAUUGCGAGAGUACCCGGAGACGAAAUAGACCCGGAAUUGCAAAAGUAUUUCGAGUCCGAAAAAGCGUUUAAUGAGAACAGUUUAGAUAGGAGGAUUUAUGGAAAGGGGGGAGGAGAUGGGGAACGGUUGAGCCCGGUUUUGUAUAGAGAUAAGCUUGUUAAGAGUUUUGAUUCAAGGGGUUUUGAAAAGUUUAGGAAUUUGGCUAAGUUAUCGAGACCGAAAAGGAAUGGGAGAACGGAAAAGGAGACGAAAAUGAGUCAAGGUAAAGAGAGUGGGAAGAAUGAGUGUUAUUUGGUGGAAGAGGUUUUUGAGGAAGAUAGGGAUGAUAAGGAGGAUUUGAGUCGGUUGAUUGGAGACGAAUAUAGAGUUGGGAAGUGGAGAGGUUCGACAAGAUUGUUGCUUUUGGAUGAAGGGUAUGCUGAUAAGUCGAUAGACGAGUUGCCUCAGGCGAUUAAGGCUUGUUUAAAGGAAUCAUUAUUUGAACUUGUGAGAUGCAAGCUGACUUUGUUUUACACUUAUUGGCAGAUGAAUGAGGUCUUAGAGGCUUUUCUUCCAAAUGGCAUGAUUGUCCCUUCAUCCUUUGAGACUGUUGGGCAUAUCAUCCAUUUGAACUUAAGAGACGAACACCUUCCAUAUAAGAAGAUUAUAGCAAAGGUUGUUUUGGACAAAAACAAGCCAAAGAUACAAACAGUUGUCAAUAAGCUAGAUGCUAUCAAUAAUGACUUUAGAACAAUGCAGCUUGAAGUUUUGGCUGGAAAUCAUUCCCUUGUGACGAAAGUAGUAGAGAAUGGACUCCAAUUUCAUGUUGAUUUAGCAGCAGUGUACUGGAGCUCAAAGUUGGGAACAGAGAGGCAAAGACUUCUGAAUGGUUUUACACGAAGUGAUGUUGUCUGUGACGUUUUUGCUGGGGUCGGUCCUUUAGCCAUAUCUGCAGCAAAAAAGGUUAAGCAUGUGUAUGCAAAUGAUUUAAAUCCCCAUGCAGUUGACUACAUGGAAAGAAAUUGUGUGCUCAACAAACUAGAAAGAAAGAUUGAGGUUUUCAACAUGGAUGGCAGAAGAUUCAUUGAUGCCAUCUUUAAGAGUCAAAGCACCCGGCCCAUCACACAAGUCGUCAUGAAUCUGCCCAAGGAUGCAGCUGAGUAUCUUGAUGCAUUCAAAGGAAUAUUCAGAGAUCUUGACAGGAAAGAAGAGUUAACCUUGCCAAAUAUUCAUGUCUAUGGAUUUUCCAAAGCUGAAGAUCCUGAGUUCGAGUUUCAUGAGCGGAUAAGAAUUGCAUUGUCGGAGGUGGCCUUUGAAGUUAAAAUGCAUAAAGUGCGUCUUGUCGCCCCCGGAAAAUGGAUGUUAUGUGCAUCAUUUGUUCUUCCUGAGAGGGUGGCAUUUGCGAGCUCGAUUUCAGAAUUAUAAGUUAAUUCUACACUAGAAAGGUGUGGUAGGCUGUAGAUUAGAAAGUGUUGUGUAUAGUCUUUGCUAGUAAUGCUAUGUUAUAUAAAUGGCUUCUUUGAUUUUAUAUAUACCCAUUUCAUAUGUCAAAUCAAGCACAAUUUUCUUAGUUUCAUUAA